CGGCCAGAGUCCCUGUUUGCUGCCCUGAUAACUGGUGACCUUGGGUAAAGUCCACCGGCAGCCUCUCCAGCCCCCUGCACCCAAGGCUUAAAUACGGUGGAGGCCGGGGCCCUGUCUCCUCAGCCGUGGUCACCAGCCGUGCUCUGGGACAGUGAGCUGACCAUGCCGUCCUCCACCACGUGGGGUCUCCUGCUGCUGGCGGGCCUGAGCUGCCUGGCCCCCAGCCUCUGGGCUGAGGACCUACAGGGGGCAGCGGUGCAGGACACAGAGCCCCCCGAGGAGCUGUCGGCCUCCCAGAAAAUCACCCCCAGCAUGGCCGACUUCACCCUCGGCCUGUACCGCCAGCUGGCACGAGAGUCCAACAGCAGCAACAUCUUCUUCUCGCCCGUGAGCAUCGCCAGCGCCUUCGCCCUGCUGGCCCUGGGGGCGCGGGGGACCACGCACACCGAGAUCCUGGAGGGGCUGCACUUCAACCUGACCGAGCGGGCAGAGGCCGACAUCCACCGCGGCUUCCAGCACCUUCUGCGCAGCCUCAACCAGCCCGACGGCCAGCUGCAGCUGAGCACGGGCAGCGGCCUCUUCAUCCAGCAGGGGCUCAAGCUGGCAGAGAAGUUUCUGGAAGAUGCCAAGACCCUGUACCACGCGGAAGCCUUCUCCACCGACUUCAAGAACCUCACUGAGGCCAAGAAGCAGAUCAACGACUAUGUGGAGAAGGGCACUCAGGGCAAGAUUGUCGACUUGGUCAAAGAACUCAGUGCAGACUCGGUGUUGGCUCUGGUGAACUACAUCUUCUUCAGAGGCAAAUGGGAGAAGCCUUUCCGUGCCGAGCUGACCACGGAGCAGGACUUCCACGUGGACGAGCAGACCACUGUCAAGGUCCCCAUGAUGAACCGACUGGGCAUGUUUCAGAUACACCGCUGUGACACGCUGUCUGGCUGGGUGCUGCAGAUGCCAUACUUGGGCAACGCCACUGCCAUGUUCCUGCUGCCUGACCAGGGCAAGAUGAGGCACCUGGAGGACACCCUCAGCCCAGAGCUCCUGGCCAAGUUCCUGGACAAGAGAGGGGCCAGUUCUGCAAAUGUGUAUUUGCCCAAAACGUCCAUUUCUGGGACCUACAAUCUGAAAGUCACCUUGGGCAAACUGGGCAUCACCAGGGUCUUCAGCAACGGGGCCGAGCUCUCGGGCAUCACUGAGGACGCACCCCUGAAGGUGUCCCAGGCUGUGCACAAGGCGGUGCUGACCAUGGACGAGACAGGCACAGAAGCCGCGGGGGCCAUGUUUCUGGAGAUCAUGCCCAUGUCUUUGCCUCCAGAUGUCUUUUUCAACAGACCUUUCCUGAUAGCCAUCUUUGACAAUCAAACCAAAAUUAUCCUCUUCCUGGGCAAGGUGGUGAACCCCACACAAGCAUAACCUCCUGUGGGGUGAGCCCUUCCCUCUCUGCCUCCCUCAGUGACAUUAAAGAAAGACCCUCUUUGCAGGAGCUGGAGUGGA